AUCCAACGUAAGUCCAGCAAGUGUUGCGGCACACUGCCAGGAGGCUGAUGAGGUCAGAUGAAUUCGAGUGUGAAUUCGCGCUCCUUCCGGGACACGCUUCGAGGGGAAUCCCCCUUGUCGCUCCCCCCGGCACCAGAUGCGAUGCAACAAUCAGUCCGCCCUGUCUACCCUCCGAAACCUGGUAAGCCCACGUCCCUCAUGGCCAACGCAGCUCCCAGGACUGACGUUUCUGCCCGGUUUAGAUACGGAGAAAGAGGAGCUCCUUGUGCAGGUCAACACUCUGAGAUAUGAGCUGGAAAACUUCAAGCAAGAAAGGGACUUGAUGGUGCUGCACCAUGAGAAGGACCUACGCGAUUUGCAGCUGAAGGCGGAUUCGGACUUUCGGAAAGCUCAGGUUCGCUCUCCCCUUUACACACUACAUUGAUUCCAGUCUAACUGUGGAGGUUUACUCCAGGUCGCCGAAACCAACAGUCAUCGUGCCAGCCAUAAGAGCGAGACCCUUGCGAAAG